ACACCAGAGCGAGGCAUGGCGUCCUUCACGAAGCUCCAAUAACAACAAUAUUUCAGCAUUUUUGCGCAUUUAAAGUCUCGUUUUUGUUCGUAUUUAUUAUUUUUAGUUCAGAAUGGCGACGAAGAGCGCGUGCACCGUUUUCCGGCGACGUUUUGCUUCGGCCGCCGCUGUCGUCCGUCCCUCGGCCGCUGAGGUCAGAGGUCACAGAAACGCGGUGUUUUCUCGAGAGCAGAGCCGGCAGAGGGCGCUGUUUCCCCGCAUCGAGAAGAUCGAGGUGUCGAUGCAGGGCCCGGGUCUGGACGGGACGCUGCUGGUGAUGAACAGAGGCAUGUCCACGCCGCUCAACUGCGCACGACAUUUGACAGAGUACCACGUGACGUCUUCGGUCUUGGCUUUGGUCGACGGGGAGCUGUGGCCUCUUCACAAACCGCUCACAGACUCCUGCUCCCUCCGACUGCUCACGUUUAAAGACCAAGACCCCACAGCCGUCAAUCAGGCGUACUGGCGUUCUUGCUCGUCUCUCCUGGGGCAGGUUUUGGAGACGGCGUUUAAAGACGACUUCACUGUGGAGCUGCUCCAGACUCCAGAAGUCCCAGUCACUUCUGGAGCGUUUUGUUGUGACGUGGUUCUUGAUCCACAGUUGGACUCGUGGGCGCCCUCUGCGGAGUCGUUUCGUUCUCUGACCCGCGGGGCUCAGCUGCUCAUCCACCAGGACCUGCCCCUCGAACCUCUGGACGUGCUGCCUGCGGUCGCACUCGAGGUUUUCUCCCACAGCAAGUGUAAACAGGAGGAAGUGGAGAAAAUGGCGUCUGAAAACCCCACGGGCACAGUCCAGCUCUACAGGUGUGGGGAUCAUGUUCUUCUGUCGCGAGGCCCUCUAGUGGCCAGGACGGGUCUGUGCGGUCAGUUCGAGGUGACCGCGGUCCACAGUUUGGGCCCCGGGCCGUGGGGUCUCCGUCGCCGAGCGCAGGGGCUGUCUCUGCCCGCACAGCUACAGGCUCAUCACACCGUCUGGAAUAAAUUAAGGAAAAGAGCCGAAAAACUGGUUGAAGUUCCGAAUUCUGACGUGACUCCGCCCACUUCCGCAGCUCCCAGCCAAUAACUGUCGACCAAAUAUCUGAAUUAUAAACCUUUAAUAUAUAAAUAUGUCAAAUUCAACGUACCACUUUGCUCCUCCAAACAAAAUCUGCCAUCGACUGUAAAGUUCUGGUGUUUUCUGUUUAAUUGUAAAAUGAAAACUCGUCUUUGUGUUUUGUUUAAUAAAAAGAUUUAACAGA